CGGCUGUAUAUUAGGAAGACGGCGCUCGCGGCCUGAGGCUCCUCGCCGAAAAAGGCAAGGGGUUGGUUCGAGUUGUCUUGGGUGCCUGCCGCCGCCGCCGCCGCCGCCGCCUCCUCCGCAGUCCCCCGCGCAGGAUCAGUGUACCCUCUCGGACAUGGAGACUGUUGUUCGCCGCUGCCCAUUCUUAUCCCGAGUGCCUCAGGCCUUUCUGCAGAAGGCAGGAAAAUCUCUGUUGUUCUAUGCCCAAAACUGCCCUAAGAUGAUGGAAGUUGGGGGCAAGCCAGCCCCUCGGGCCCUGUCCACUUCCGCAGUACACUGUCAGCAAGUCAAAGAAACCCCUCCAGCUAAUGAGAAGGACAAAACUGCCAAAGCUGAGGUUGAGCAAGCUGCUGAUGGAUCCCAGCAGACUCCAGAUGGCACGCAGCUUUCGUCUGGACAUCCCUCCCUUGCCACGAGCCAGGGCACUGCAAGCAAAUGUCCUUUCCUGGCAGCCCAGAUGAGCCAGAAGGGCAGCAGUGUCUUCUGCAAAGCCAGUCUCGAGCUUCAGGAGGAUGUGCAGGAAAUGCAUGCCGUGAGGAAAGAGGUUGCCCAAACCUCAGUGAACCCCAGUGUGAUUAGUGUGAAGGCCAAUGAAGGGGAGACAAGUGGAUUGCUGAAGAACUUCCAGGAUAUCAUGCGAAAGCAAAGACCAGAAAGAGUGUCCCAUCUUCUUCAAGAUAACUUGCCAAAAUCUGUUUGCACUUUUCAGUAUGAUCGUUUCUUUGAGAAGAAAAUUGAUGAGAAAAAAAAUGACCAUACCUAUCGAGUUUUUAAAACUGUGAACCGGAGGGCUCACAUCUUCCCCAUGGCAGAUGACUAUUCCGACUCUUUGAUCACCAAAAAGCAGGUGUCAGUCUGGUGUAGCAAUGACUACCUAGGAAUGAGUCGACACCCACGAGUGUGUGGGGCAGUCAUGGACACUUUGAAACAGCAUGGUGCUGGAGCUGGUGGUACCAGAAAUAUUUCUGGAACUAGUAAAUUCCAUGUGGACCUGGAGCAGGAGCUGGCUGAUUUACAUGGGAAGGAUGCAGCACUCUUGUUUUCCUCGUGCUUUGUGGCCAACGACUCAACCCUCUUCACUCUGGCUAGGAUGAUGCCGGGCUGUGAGAUUUACUCCGAUUCUGGGAACCAUGCCUCCAUGAUCCAAGGGAUUCGGAACAGCCGCGUGCCAAAGUACAUCUUCCGCCACAAUGACGUCAGCCACCUCAGAGAACUGCUGCAAAGAUCUGACCCUUCGGUCCCCAAGAUUGUCGCAUUUGAAACCGUCCACUCAAUGGAUGGAGCAGUGUGCCCACUGGAAGAGCUGUGUGAUGUGGCGCAUGAGUUUGGAGCAAUCACCUUCGUGGAUGAGGUCCACGCAGUGGGACUGUACGGGGCUCAAGGUGGAGGGAUUGGUGAUCGGGAUGGAGUUAUGCCUAAAAUGGACAUCAUUUCUGGAACGCUUGGCAAAGCCUUUGGCUGUGUCGGAGGGUACAUCGCCAGCACGAGUUCUCUGAUCGACACUGUGCGGUCCUAUGCGGCCGGCUUCAUCUUCACCACCUCCCUGCCGCCCAUGCUGCUGGCCGGAGCCCUGGAGUCUGUGCGGAUUCUGAAGAGCGCCGAGGGGCGGGCGCUUCGCCGUCAGCACCAGCGCAACGUCAAGCUCAUGAGGCAGAUGCUCAUGGACGCAGGCCUCCCGGUCGUCCACUGCCCCAGUCACAUCAUCCCUGUCCGGGUUGCAGAUGCUGCUAAAAACACCGAAGUCUGUGAUGAACUAAUGAGCAGGCAUAACAUCUACGUCCAAGCCAUCAACUACCCCACGGUGCCCCGGGGGGAGGAGCUUCUGCGGAUCGCCCCCACCCCUCACCACACACCACAGAUGAUGAACUAUUUCCUUGCCUUGCAGGGCGAGGUCGCCGCUAGUCUCAUGGUCAAGGAUGUCCAGCAGCGUGGAGGAGAGGGCCUGGAGUCAACCAUGAGCACCCUUCCUGAGCACAGUGCAGCGGCAGCCGCCUCUCCCCCAGCCCCACCUGAGCCUAACACCCAGGAUAACGGAGCUCUGCCCCUUCUGAUCCUGUAG